UCUACUUUUAUCAAACUAUGAAAUUUAGUGGAAUAAGCUUAUCGUAGGAAUAAAAGUGACUGUUUACCAAGACAGUUUGCACGUAAGAUAUUUAAAUACAAUAAAGCAAUUCACGGAUUUUGACAAAUGGCACGGUACCACCAGAUAACCGCAAAUUCAUAUUAUGAGGCUGGUAAAACUCUCGGUUCAUUAAAAGCCAGCGAAAUAAAGCGUGUGCUUGGAGACUACAAAUCGUCCGACUUCCGGCGCGCAGUGCUCCGCUUUCUCGCCACUGAAGAGGGCCAUCGCCAGUACAAAGAGUUAAACAACACAGUGCGCAUGCGCUGUGCUGAGUACGUAGACGAGCUUCAGGGAGUGGCCGACGGUUCCGACUGUGACUACAAUGAUCUGUUCGAGAUGAACGUCGAUUGUGAGAUGACUGCCGCAAUUGCGCUGGUCCCGGUCGCCAGUCACGGCGUCAGCUACUGGGCUUACAUGGACGGCUGUACAAACGUAUCCAUACAGACCCCGGGUGGCAACGUCUACUUUGGGCAUACAGAAGAUAUUUCGCCUCAAAUGAAAGACCUAUCCUGCAUGGUUACCAUGGAAAUAAGAGACGGAAACAACCAGGUCAUCGAGCACUGGACGGACUUCGUGGUGCCAGGUCUGUUGCCGGGAUCCAAGUUCGGUUUCAACAAACACGGUGUGAUGUUUGGCCAUAACAACGUCUACCAGCAGGGAUUGAAUGCGGCGGGCAUACCCCGCAAGUUUAUGGGCCGCUCACUGCUGAAGGCUCGGAGCACGGAAGACGCUAUUGCGAUUUUGAAGACUCCUCCGGGUAUUGCAAGUGCCUUCAGCUUUAACUUUCUGGAGCGAACAACAAAAGGCUUUCAUGUCAAAAACACUUUGAUUGAGGCGGCGGGAUGUUCCUCCACUAAACCAAUGGUGGCCGUGUUUAAACCACGGGGCUUCUAUCAUCACUGUAACAUGUUUCAGCAUCUCGACUUCCCCUGUCACCCGGAAGAGAGCUCCAUUCACCGAGCUGCCACACUCGCGAACUAUGUCAACGUGUUCCAGGCCGACCACCUCGAUCCCGACAGAGACCCUUGGGAGGAGAGGUCACCGGGCACUGCCACCACACAGAACUCAGGAGGCGGUCUUAAUGACCUGCUACGGCAGAUCCUGUCUGACACGCACGAUGUCAAGUUUCCGGUGUACAGAAGUGGACUGGAACCGGAUUACCUUGCGACGGCCGGCACCGGUGUAUACAACGUAGCUGCUGGAUCGUGCGACGUAUAUUUCAAUAUGGCGUCUGACGGACCGCCGGAUUUCUCAUUUAUUGUUCCGAAGUCGACUAAGAACGUUUGAGCUGCUUAUAGGAAUGGACGUCGCAACACUUUUUUGGCGUGCAGGGUAGUUAAGAAGACGCAAUUAAGCGGCAUGCACAGUGCAGACGCUACGACUCGUGCAUAAACAGAUUAUUCUACGUUUAAAUUUUAAUAAAUACUUGAUUUUA